UGUGACCAAUUGAAUCCUCCUGGCCCUGGAGCUCGAUGCUGCACCUCACAGUGGAGUAAAGAGCAGCACGCUCAGUCACACUCAGAGACAACCUCAGAGGAGAGAAAUUUUCCUCCCCCCACACUUUUUCUGUUGGACUCCUUUUGGGAUUUUGAACCCCCAUUUUUCCAAGGAAUCGGUGGCGCUCUCUGAAUGAGCCGCAGUCCUGUGUCUGCUUAACAGAGCCAGUCUAAGGGGAACAGGUCAAAGGGCUCCAGGUUGGCCCUGAGUGCAGCUCUAGGGUCAAUUUUGUUUGCCCUGUUUGAGAUCUGCCUGCAACCAUGACAACCAAAACCAACAGUAGCGUUCUGGCUGGCAAAGCGUCCUCCUACCCCUUGUUGUCUUCUCCCCCUCGUCAGCGUCUAGUCACCAAAGAUGGACACUGUACGCUUAAUACCCCUGCCUGCCCCUCAGACUCGUGGCGCAGGAGCUGGGGCAGAGUCUGGCUGCUGGCGCUGCAGGAUUUGUGGGGACUAUUGGUGAGUCUGCGCUGGAGAUGGGUACUCCUCGCCUUCUGUGCAUCCUUCAUUGCCCACUGGCUGUUGUUUGCCUGCUUGUGGUACUUGCUGGCCCAUCUCAAUGGAGACCUUGCUGUGAAAAAUCAUGAUGACCCCCCACAGGAUCACGUGGUUUGCGUGAAACAUAUUACAAGUUUCACUGCUGCCUUCUCCUUCUCUCUUGAGACCCAGCUGACCAUUGGCUAUGGCACCAUGUUCCCCAGUGGAGACUGUCCCAGUGCUAUAGCACUGCUGGCUGUGCAGAUGCUCCUGGGGCUUAUGCUGGAGGCCUUCAUCACAGGUGCAUUUGUAGCCAAGAUUGCUCGUCCUCAGAAGAGAGCAGGAGCCAUCGAGUUCAGUCCGCAGGCAGUAGUGGGCCAACACCAGGGCCAGACGUGCCUCAUGAUACGAGUCACUAAUCUUAUUCAGCGACCUCUGGUGGACGUGAAGGUGAGUGCAGUGCUCUAUGAGGAACAGGAAGGCCAGGCUCUGUACCAGACCUCGCUAGACUUCCACUUGGACCAUUUAGGCCAACAGCCAUGCCCCUUCUUUAUUUUCCCCCUUACUUUUUACCACCAACUGGACCGCCAGAGCCCUCUCUAUCCUGCUCUUUGUGAAGGCACAUCCAAACACUUUGAGCUGGUCAUUUUCCUAACAGCAUUGCAAGAGGGAACUGGUGACUCCUGCCAGAAGAGAACCUCUUACUUACGCCAAGAAAUUCAAUUUGACCGGCGAUUUCUACCUGCCUUGGGGCUGGAUGCUCGGGGCAGGUACUUAGUGAACAAAGAGCACUUUGACACCGCCCACUCCAAGGAACCUUUGAACAAAGAUUGUGUGGUGCAAAUCAACGGUGAUGACACUGACAGGAUGGAGUAAACAUGAUAAACAGGAGCUCUGACUUGGACAGCAGGAGGGGUCCUUUGCACAUGGAUAUUUUGGUCAGGAGAUUCCAGCUAACUUUAUUUUCUGACAUGUAAAAUAAUGUCAGAAAUAGGUGAUCCUGUUUGUUCCCAUCACUAGUUCCACCUGUGCAUUUCAGUUUGAAGUCUGUGCAGCCUCUGCCGUCUCCUCCUUACCUGAUUUACUUAGGUCAAAGUUUGUCCAAACUAUGCUAAGAUGCAGAUAAAGAAGGUGCAGUGGAAGAAUAAAAUAUUUUCUGAAGCCGCGGAUAAAUAAAAUGCCUUAAUUUAGAUGGACAUGUUAAUGCCACAUGUGUCACAUUUUCAUCAUCUGAUCUGACUUGAACAAGAUACAACUUUUAACAAAAUUGUUGAACUACUUUUGGAUAUGUUCACCAGUGUUAAUGACAGCUGUUACUGGUUCAAAUGUGUUCAAAAUGAGACAUUGUUCUAUUGAGUUUAAAUACUUUAAAGAUAAAUAGAAUAUUUGUGGAAAUAAAUCUUUGUAGCUUUCACAGAUUUAUAAUCCCUCUUCCAGAUGCAUUAAGAAAAGGGAGACACAUCUCCAACAUAGCAUGCAUAAUAAGAAUUCAUUGUGAAGAGGAACCAAGACAACAGGAAUUGUUUUUCUAGUAAGAAAAGAAGCCAGUAUAGACACUAUAGCUACAUGUGAUGGUUGACAUGUCACACAGGCAGAGGACGCUGCAGGAUCUGAGUCAAGUUGGCGUGAAGUUGGCCCCCCCUCUGACCUCAAAGUAAAUAAUAUUAGUGCACAAUGCUUGAGCUGGUUUGUGCAGCACAUUUUUCUUGUUUGUGCUACCAGUGCCAGUUCUAGGCAUGGAUGCAUGAGGAGGCAGGCAGAAAUGUGAAGGGGGCGUCAUUAUGCAUAUAUAUUAUGCUCCAUGGUAUUUAUUAACAUUGUCGACUUGUGUUUUCUUCAUGAGAUUGAUGUAAACUGUGCCCAACCCAACAACAACAAAAAACGUAAAAAUGUAUAAGACCUUGAUGAUUAAGAUCCUCUUCAUCCAAGAUUGGUCAGCAGCUUAAUAUUUAUCUACGGUACUUGGAUGGUCACUAUGCAGUUAUACAUUUUACUCCAUAUUACUAUAUUUAUUACACACACACGGUAUAGUAUAUAUUAACAUCUUGGAUGGGGUAGCUUGUCAACUAAUAAGCGAUUUCCCUUGGGGAUCAAUAAAGUAUAUUCUCCUCUAUUCUGUUCUAUUUUUAUUUAAAUACAGAAAAAAUAAUUCCAGAGGUCAUCAUAGGUCAACCAGCCAGUUCACAUUCACAAAAUAAAAAAAA